AUGGGAGACAUGGCCAACAGUUCAGUGGAUUUCUACCCCAAAAGCCAGCGGCGAGAGUUGAACCAUGCAGGUGGCUUUGGCUGCACCCUGGCGGAGUUGCGCUCCCUCAUGGAGCUGCGUGGGGCCGAGGCGCUCCAGAAAGUCCAGGAGACCUACACUGAUGUCAACGGGCUCUGCAGGAGACUCAAGACCUCCCCCACUGAAGGCCUUUCAGACAACACAGCUGACCUGGAAAAGAGAAGGCAGAUCUAUGGACAGAAUUUCAUCCCCCCAAAGAAGCCAAAGACCUUCCUGCAGUUAGUAUGGGAGGCACUCCAGGAUGUGACACUGAUCAUUCUUGAAAUUGCUGCCAUCAUCUCCCUGGGGCUGUCUUUUUAUGCUCCACCAGGCGAAGAAAGCGAAGCCUGCGGGAAUGUGUCAGCUGGUGCAGAGGAUGAGGGUGAGGCAGAAGCUGGCUGGAUUGAGGGUGCUGCCAUCUUGCUCUCGGUGAUCUGUGUGGUGUUGGUCACAGCCUUCAAUGACUGGAGCAAGGAGAAGCAGUUCCGAGGUCUGCAGAGCCGCAUAGAGCAGGAGCAGAAGUUUACCGUCAUCCGCAAUGGGCAACAGGUCCAGAUCCCUGUGGCUGAACUGGUUGUGGGGGACAUUGCCCAAAUUAAAUAUGGUGACCUCCUUCCUGCUGAUGGGGUGCUUAUCCAGGGGAAUGAUCUCAAGAUCGACGAGAGCUCCUUGACGGGGGAGUCAGAUCAUGUGCGCAAAUCAGUGGACAAGGAUCCCAUGCUGCUGUCAGGCACCCAUGUCAUGGAAGGAUCUGGGCGAAUGGUUAUCACAGCUGUCGGGGUCAACUCACAGACUGGGAUUAUCUUCACUUUGCUGGGUGCUGGUGGAGAAGAGGAGGAAAAGAAAGAUAAGAAAGGGAAGCAGCAGGAUGGGGCAGUGGAGAAUAAUCAGAACAAAGCCAAAAAGCAGGAUGGGGCAGUUGCCAUGGAGAUGCAACCCCUGAAAAGUGCAGAGGGUGGCGAGAUGGAAGAGCGGGAGAAGAAGAAAGCCAGUGUGCCGAAAAAAGAGAAAUCUGUUCUGCAAGGGAAGCUCACCAAACUGGCCGUGCAGAUCGGGAAAGCAGGGCUGGUGAUGUCGGCCAUCACUGUCAUCAUCCUGGUCUUGUAUUUUGUUAUUGAGACAUUUGUUAUUGAUGGGAAGACAUGGUUGGCUGAGUGCACCCCCGUCUAUGUGCAAUAUUUUGUCAAGUUCUUCAUUAUCGGUGUCACUGUUCUGGUGGUGGCUGUUCCUGAAGGCCUCCCAUUGGCCGUCACUAUCUCCUUAGCCUAUUCUGUCAAGAAAAUGAUGAAGGACAAUAAUCUGGUUCGACACCUGGAUGCCUGUGAGACCAUGGGCAAUGCCACAGCCAUCUGCUCUGACAAGACAGGUACCCUCACCACCAAUCGCAUGACCGUUGUGCAGUCCUACAUGGGUGACACCCACUACAAGGAGACCCCUGACCCCAGCAACCUUACACCCAAGACACUGGAUCUGCUUGUGCACGCCAUUGCUAUCAACAGUGCCUACACCACCAAGAUACUACCUCCAGAGAAAGAAGGGGGCCUGCCACGCCAGGUCGGCAACAAGACGGAGUGUGCACUGCUGGGCUUUGUGCUUGACCUGCGGCGUGACUACCAGCCUGUGCGAGAACAGAUCCCCGAGGAGAAGCUCUACAAGGUUUACACCUUUAAUUCUGUCCGCAAGUCCAUGAGCACUGUCACUUGUAUGCCCGAUGGUGGCUACCGCCUCUUCAGCAAAGGCGCUUCUGAAAUCGUCCUCAAAAAGUGCACAAACAUUCUAAACAGUAACGGGGAAUUGCGCAGCUUCCGGCCCCGUGACCGAGAUGAAAUGGUGAAGAAGGUGAUAGAGCCCAUGGCAUGUGAUGGACUGCGGACUAUCUGCAUAGCCUACCGUGAUUUCCCAGCCGGGAAGGAGCCCGAAUGGGACAACGAGAAUGAUAUUGUGAUAGACUUGACCUGCAUUGCUGUGGUGGGGAUUGAGGACCCCGUGCGGCCAGAGGUGCCAGAGGCCAUCCGCAAAUGCCAGCGUGCUGGCAUCACUGUCCGCAUGGUGACAGGAGACAACAUCAACACAGCCCGAGCUAUUGCUGCCAAAUGUGGCAUCAUCCAGCCAGGGGAGGACUUCCUGUGCCUAGAGGGAAAGGAGUUCAACCGGCGGAUCCGCAAUGAAAAGGGAGAGAUAGAACAAGAACGCCUUGAUAAAAUUUGGCCAAAACUGAGGGUUCUGGCUCGAUCAUCGCCCACUGACAAACACACCCUGGUGAAAGGCAUCAUUGACAGCACUAUUGGGGACCAGCGUCAGGUGGUUGCGGUCACUGGUGAUGGGACAAAUGACGGACCAGCCCUCAAGAAGGCCGAUGUGGGCUUUGCUAUGGGCAUAGCAGGCACUGACGUGGCAAAGGAGGCCUCUGACAUCAUCUUGACAGAUGACAACUUCUCCAGCAUUGUCAAGGCAGUAAUGUGGGGCCGCAACGUUUAUGACAGCAUCUCCAAAUUUCUGCAGUUCCAGCUUACAGUCAACGUCGUGGCAGUCAUUGUGGCCUUCACUGGAGCCUGCAUCACACAGGACUCUCCGCUCAAAGCAGUACAGAUGCUGUGGGUGAACCUGAUUAUGGACACUUUUGCCUCCCUGGCUCUUGCCACCGAACCCCCCACUGAGGCCCUGCUGCUACGCAAGCCAUAUGGACGCAACAAACCCCUCAUUUCCCGCACCAUGAUGAAGAAUAUUUUGGGCCAUGCUGUCUACCAGCUCAUUAUCAUUUUCACCCUCCUCUUUGUGGGCGAGAUUUUCUUUGACAUCGACAGCGGCCGCAAUGCCCCCCUGCACUCCCCACCCUCGGAGCACUACACCAUCAUCUUCAACACCUUUGUCAUGAUGCAGCUCUUCAAUGAGAUCAACGCCCGCAAAAUUCAUGGCGAGCGCAAUGUAUUUGAUGGCAUUUUUGGCAACCCCAUCUUUUGCACCAUUGUGCUGGGCACCUUUGGCAUACAGAUCAUGAUUGUGCAGUUUGGGGGGAAACCAUUCAGCUGUUCCCCACUGAACUCACAACAAUGGCUCUGGUGUCUCUUUGUGGGCUUUGGGGAACUUGUCUGGGGACAGGUCAUUGCCACCAUCCCCACUAGCCAACUAAAAUGCUUGAAGGAAGCAGGGCAUGGCCCUGGGAAGGAUGAGAUCACCGAUGAAGAGAUGGCAGAGGAUGAAGAGGAAAUUGACCAUGCUGAGCGGGAACUGCGCCGUGGCCAGAUUCUUUGGUUCCGUGGCCUCAAUCGCAUCCAGACCCAGAUGGAGGUAGUUAGCACCUUCAAGAGAAGCGGCUCCUUUCAGGGGGCUGUUCGACGCCGCUCUUCCGUCCUCAGCCAACUGCACGAUGUAACCAAUAUUUCUACCCCCACUCACAUCCGCGUAGUGAAAGCGUUCCGUAGCUCCCUCUACGAAGGGCUGGAGAAGCCAGAUACGAAGACUUCCAUCCAUAACUUCAUGACGACGCCAGAGUUCUUGAUCAACGACUACAUCCACAACAUCCCCCUCAUUGAUGACACAGACGUGGAAGAGAGUGAGGGUCCCCUGAGACGGCGCUUCCGGGCCAGCCCCCCACCAUCCCCCAACAAGAACAACAACGCCAUUGACAGCGGCAUCUACCUAAGCACCGAUGUCAGCAAGACACCUACCUCCUCGUCCAGCCCAGUUAGCCCACUCCACAGCAUGGAAACUUCCCUCUAACACAACCCCACCAUGCAACCAGUCAAAAUGACUUUGCACACAGCAGGGGUGUUCAGUUCCUCCUAGGAGAUAAGGACUAGCUGAGUGAGUCAGUAAGAAAAGCAGGCAGGAGAUGGAGUUUCUCCUCUUGACACUGGAGGUUUUUUCUCUUAACAGGGUGGAAAUGGACACGAUUUCCGCCACUGGAUGGCUCAGUCAAAUGAAGACAAGAAACUGAACUGGUGCAACGAAAGCGAUAAGACGUACUGUGGAGGGGGAGAUGAGUUUUCUUCACAGUCACCCACGAGGGGUUUGGGCUGAGUCCCGGAGGGUGUACAGAAAAAACCACCCAUUUCUCUAGUCUGUUCUUAGUUUCUCUUUGGACACAAAACAUACUCACCGAACCCACAAUAAUCCCCCAUUUGGGGGUUGCUUUGAUUUAUUUCUGGGACCUCUUUUCAGGGUUUGUUUUUUUUUCAAAGUUAAAAAAAGGAACUAUAUUUGCACCGAAAAAAAGAACAAAAAAAGGGAAAAGAGGAAUAAUCUAGACAUCUAUUAUCCUAAAUAUAUAUAUAUAUGAUACCAACCGACAGAUGUAUUAACGGAUCUUCUGACCAUAACGCAUGCCUGUUAUCAAACCCUCUUUUCUCCUUCCCCCCUCUCCCAAUGGAAUUUCAGACUGGGGCAAAUUUGUUUUUGUUUUUUGUUUUGUUUUUUAAAAAUCAUUGCUCGCUGUAGCUUGUAUUUUAUAUAGGGUUUGAUGGGAAAAGAAAAUGGAUUAUUUCCUGUUGGGAGGGGGAAUGAAUUGUGGGACAGUUGCUGAGUAAACAGAGAAAUUGAAGAUCUGUUGGGCUCGGUGCUGCACAGAUGCAGAGUGACUGAAAUUAUGGUUUGGUUGCAGUGAUACAAAUUUGGGCCUUUUCAGGCAGUUAGGCAGAAACAGUGACCAAACGUGGAGUCUCAUUUAAAUGGGGCACUGCCCCUAAGCCCUCUCACCUCCCCAGAAGUUUUCACAAUCCAAAUGCUUCCUGUAGCUGGUCAUUUUAACCAGCUUCCAAGAAAUACAUGAGCGAGAAAGACUGUGUAAAAAAAAGAUAAAAGAUUGGACUAUUCUCUUUUAAUCCAAUAAGAGAGCAACAACUUUCCCAACAUUUAAGGUUACUUAAUCAGAGCACUGAUCAGUCUGGCAAAGGAACUGUAUUUCUGAAAAUUGUAUUUUUCAUGUCCAAAAUGAAGGAAUAGGUUUCUAGCCCUCGUGAUUGUGGAGAGACAUUUGAAAACAUGCAGGCAGUGUCUGCAAAAGGCUCAGUGCCCAGCAGUUAAUGGCUAUUCAUCAUGUAGUUCUGGCUUCCAUUAAUUUUAACUUAAUAUUGAUUUAUAUUCAGCUUUAUUCCAGAGUUCAGUCAUGGUCAUCAUGUCUUCAAACAACCCCUUUUACACUGAUUUGGAGGACUGUGUAUCUCCCAACCCAAUCACACAUUCUGGGUUGGGAGGAACAAGACUCUGGAAGAAUUCCACUUUGCCUUAAGGAGAUUUACCUUGGGACUAGUCCUUCACACAUUUACAUUCUACUUAACUAUUUUUUCCUUCACACAGUUCUAUUAACAUGGGAGUCAUGAACUCAUGAAAUUCAGCCUCAGCAAUUCCUGCAAACAGGGAAGAUCCAAAAUGUACCUUGGAGACAGAGGAGGUCCUACUAUGAGAUUAAGAUCAGGCAACCACUUUACAGAGGACUGGGGUGUGCUUAAGAGUGGGAGAUAAGACAGAUGUGACCCAUGAGGCACAACCCACUAGAAAAUUGCUGUCACUGAAAAAAGAGAGCACGACUGUCCUUUUGUGCAGCACCCGUAUAUUUCCAUUAAGCUUGCUCAGGAGAAUGUAUACCAUGAGUACAUAUUUCUGCUUCAUGCACUAAAAUUGUCGAGAUUACAAUUUGAAGUUGACAGGAAUUGCUGCUGCUGAACUGUGUGUAUUCCUGGCUCACGUUACACGAUCUUAUGAGUAGACAACUGCCAUGAGGCCGGGGAAAAGUAAUGUUUAUUCAUUUAUAUCCCACUCUUCCUCUCAGUAGUUUAGGGCAGCCUACAAUGGGUUAUUCGUUGUUAUUCUAACAACAAUCCUGUCAGGGCAGAAGGAGAUGGAGAAUGAUUUAUCUGAGGCCACCACGUAACUUUCAUGGCUAAGUGUGAACUCCCUAGUCUAAGUCUGAAACACCAUUGGAUAGAAACACCAUUUUGGCUCUUAUAUACAGCCCACAUGUUUUGAGGCCCUUCAACCUAGCAGGGCAGAGAAAGUCUAGAGAGAGCUUUAUUGAAGUUUAUGGCACAGCAGCAGCUAGGGCCAAUUGGGCCACACAGUUACUGAAAUUCAGGAUAGAGCCUAUGGCUGGAUUUCAUGACAUAUGGUUACAAAAACACCUUUAUUGCCCAGAGGGGAGAAUGGCUUCCACCAAAUUAAGCUUGUGUUCAUCUUCUUCCAAACUUAACCAGGUUAUACAACAUUCCUGUAAGAAAGAACCAGCAAAAAGUCUAAACUGCUACUGGCUCUCCAUUGCAGUUCACAUGGACCUGGGCAAAGAGUGAAGCCAUUGUCCCAACCAGGACCAGUAAUUGUGUAUGAGCUUAAAUGAGGGGUCAAAGCCCUUUUAAGGUUGCCAACGGUUCCCUAGAAGUUUCUACUGCUGUGGCCUGCACAGAUAGUUUCCAAAUAUGGGACUACACAAGAAACUAUUCCCAGUUCUGUCACACAUGAUGACAAGGGAGUUCUACUUAGUGAUUAGGCCUAGGUGGGGCAGAAGUCAGGAUACAUGGGUGCUAUGCUGUCCCUAACCAGACUGUUUAUCUUCAGCUGCAGAGAUGAGUUGCCCUCAACCCCCUGCAGUCUCAGCUUUCUCCACAUAUAAAACCAUAAUAUUUAUAAACUGUGGGACAUAUUCUGCAUUUUCCCAGGCCAAACCUGCUUGAAAAUACCAGCUGCAGCACUGUCAGAAAAGCCAUCCCUUCCUCGGAAGGGCAAAUGCCAAACCCAUCUGUAAAUC